GUGUAACACCCAAAUAAUAUAUAUCCACCUCCAACACGCUUCGAAUUGUGCUGUAUUGAUCGUCAACUGUCCGCGCGCCUAUCUGGGUUGCCAAAUGUCUUACUAGACGGAAAAGGAAUCAGUUAACCAAUUUUUGCGGCCCCAGAGUUCUUUUCCCGAGGUGACUGCCUAGUUCCCCUAAUGGUCGCACCGGCCCCUUGGGCAUUAUGUGCAGGGCGAUGCACAAAGGCUUCGCCCUCAUAGGAAGCAGCAGAGUUUAGGCUUGCAAGUGCCUGUACAGCGUGAUGGAGGCUCAGUUUCCAGCAACACACACCACAGAGACGGCACCACAGGACAAUGCUGAAAAUAAACGCAUCUACAUCAACAGGGGCUACAUGCAUACUAAUGAAGGUCGCCUCAAGAUUGUCCACAUGGUGGUAUGUAUAGUGGUGUUCAUCUGUGUCAUGGCCUCAGAUUUCCCCCGGAGUAGCCCAGCCAACUGGAUCAGCUUUGUGGCCAUGAGUGGCUUUUGGACAUCUGCAGUGCUCCUGUUCCUGUUUAUUAUAAAUGUUGUGGCCCUGUUGUCCAUCAUACCUUGGUUCAUGCUGGAGUUUGGCUACACGGUUAUAUGGACAUUCUUCUGGUUUGUGUCAGGAUGUGUUGCUGCCGACUACACUGUCCGUGGGGCUGGAGAUGCUUUUGCUGUAGCUGCAUUCUUCAGCUUUGUUGCCAUGUGUAUAUAUGGGUUCACUGCAUUUUUAUUUUACAAGAAGUUUCGUGAAGGAGGCUUCAAAUUGCCUUUUGUUGUUAGGACUUCAUCUGGCAUCUCCAAUGCAGACCCCAGGGCUGCUUCUUCUACUACCACCACCACCACUACUACUGUUAUACAGGAAAAGUAUUAAAAGUAUUGCAACAAUAAAUAAUUGAAGAAGUAAAAUGGUUGUAAUUUGGUAGAUAUGUUUUAAAGAGGACGCCAAGUAGUGUUUGAAAUCUCCCAGUUAAUUUUGUCUUUGUUUUGAAGCAUCUAUUUUUAGUUGAGUAAAUGAAGCUCAUUGCAGUCCAUCUCAUUGUAGUAGUACCUCAGUUGUGUGGAAAUUCAAGCAAAUUACAAACCAAUUUGAGAAUAUGUACAUGGGGGACUUGCCUGAUCUGUUUGUGUUUUUGAGAUAGAUACUGUAAGCCGGUUAUGUGUGAGCACUCAGUAGUGACAGGGUAUUGGUGACCUCAGAAUUGUUCCAAGCCUUAUGGUGCCACAUCCUUAUCACUACCACAUUUCCAUAGAAGGUUGUGAUAUAGAGAGGGAGGGAAGGGGUAGAUUUAUAUGCAUGAGUUUAUUUUUGUAUGUAGUCUUGCUCGUGUGUGUGGGUAUGAGCACAAAAUAAGUACAGUAUUGCAUAAAUAAGUAUACACACAGUGCUGGUGAAUAAGUACCCUUUUUGUUCUUAGAUAUUAAUAAUUUAUGAGGAAUUAGGUUGUCUACUGGUGCUCCAUCUCAUAUUAGUUUGUAUUUUAGCUUACUUAAGAUUUUCAGUACAUAAAGCAUUUAUUAUUAUGUUGUUCUUAUCAUCCACUUUUCUGUUACAAAUACAGGUAUAUUUUAUGGUGUUUGGGCUGAUAGUUUUCUUUUUAAUUCUUGUUGUGUCUUGUGCCAUAUUUUUCUAUAGGACCAGGAGCAGACCAGGUUGUCUGCCCCUUUGUUAACUCUUUCACUAUGGCUGGUACAGUAUAGGGUUUCUGCCUUCAAAUUUGACAGACAUUUUAAUUAUGACAGGCUUAAGUGGCAAUCCUUCGAGUAUUACCAUACAAUAUGAAUUUUUUUUGUGUGUGAAUGAGUCGUCGCGUUUCAUCAUUGAAGGAGAGUGUACAAUAUGAUUAUGCUGUCACUGCCUCAGUUUCAGUGGCAUGGCAAGACACUGCUAUUUAGCAUAAUAAUCAAUGCAUUAGAAUCUUAUCUUCACCUGAAAAUUAACGUAUAAUUUUUUUUUGUUAUACAAAGCCACUGAUAAAUCAUAGAAAAAUUUUUAAUACACUGAAGAGAGACAAAUUUCUGUCAUGCGUCUGGCAUUGUAGCUUGAGCUUCACCCUGCGCCAGAACAUGUGUAAUUACACAACACACUUACCAGGCGGGUGCCUGCAUCCAGACAAGACCCACAUAUUCUUGAUAAUGAGUAAGUACUCUAUUUGUUUACAUAUUCAAUAAUAGUACUGUAUAAAUAAUUUAUAUACUGUACAGUAUAUCUUAAAACUGUCUCCCAAUGGGUAGGCCAGCUAGUUAUACUGUCAUAGUGAAAGUGUCAACACCAGUGGUUAUUAAAUAUUGCCUUCACAUCCAUUCCCAUUUAAGAACUGUAGACUCACCUCAGGGUCUGUCAGACCUAUUUAUCAUAAGGCUUCCUUUCAAUGACUUUUUUGAAGUUUUGUGCCUUUUGAGUGGUUAAGAAAAUUUGUGAUUUGUUAUCUUUGGAUCCAAUGAAUUAAUAGUCAUGACAUUUAAAAUAUAGACUUGUACCUGAUAAAACAUAUGGUCAUGGUAUGAUUUCUAUGCCAAUCCAAACUUAGCUUUUAAUUUAAAUAUCUAAGUUGUAAUAUAACAAUAAUGUAUACUCUGCUGUCAACAACACCCUAACCUAAUUCUGAUCAUGGAAUCCAUUACUGAGGUCUACAUAGUUAUUCUGCUGACUCUUAUCCUUGUCUUAUAAGAAAAGGCAGAUUAGAUCCUUCCUGGUCCUUCAUAACUAUACAAGAUCAAAAUUUUCCUGUACAGGUAAGAUUAUUACAGCACUGUACAGUAAAUCAAAUGCACUUAUGAUCCAAAUACUUACAUUUGUGGCCCUCUAGUAAUCUUCUCUAAACCUUUCUUAGUUGUAAUAUUGUUUCUCUGAUGCCUUCAUUAUUUCUCUCCAUGUAAGUUACUUUUACCCCAUGGUUAGUAUUGGUUGAAGGGGUUUUGGUGUCACCCAUGACAUAAUUCUAUAGUACUGCAUAAGUCCAUUACUCUGUGGAGAGAAAGUCAUAUUGGUUUUAGUCAUUGGAUCGCAAGUCAAGAUCACUGGCUAAAGAUAGAAUUUUGGUUUCUAGACAAAAAUGUUGUGUGAUUUUUGCACUGAACAUAUUUCUUAAAUACUUACCCUUCCUUGCCCUGCCCCUAGGGAGAGAGAUGUAUUUGUGAUAAAACAUAAAUAAAUAAGAAUAAAUAAAAUAAAAAUACUGUCACAGCAGGGCAAUUUUGUCUCAAAUACAUUUCUUAUUUACUGGAUACCUAAGUUAACUUUUUCUCUUAAUUUCUUGGUUAGUAUCUACUUUUUAUUCUUAUACAGUACUGUACAGGGUAUAUGGAACUGUUCAAAAAAUUAAACAGUACAGGAAUUUGAGGGAAAUGAAAUUCAAAUAUUGUGUGUACUGUAAGAUAUUUCAUUAUUAUGAAAGGAUAUCUAUAUUUGUUUGAUAACUUUAGUGAUGAAAUUAGUCAGGCUCUUAAUUCUCAUUCUCUGUGUGUGUUUCUGAUGUUAUGCAUUAGAAAAUGCAAUUUAUUUUUAUUCCAUAAUUCCAUAAAAAAAUAAUGUGAAAAGAAAAUGUAUACAGUAUAGUACACCAUAUAUAUUUUGUACUGUACAGUACCCUGUAGUUGUAAAGAAAGUUAUGAAAAGAAGAAAGCAUUUGCUGCCAUUAUGGCAUCGGAGUUUGAAGUGUUAUCAGGGACUGGUUUGUUUUGGUAAAGUUUGGAGGAGGAAGACGUUUUGAAAGUGGUUGGAAGUAAGAUUAAAGUCCUGGUGUAUGAAGGAAGACAAGUUAGCAGUGCCUUGUAAAUAUUAAUUAAUGAAAAUAAACUUGGAAUAUUAAAAAAAAGUGUUUGAUAAUUAAAUGAAUCCACAAAGCUUUCAGCAGUAGAUAACUGUGUAUGAAUAAUCUAGCUGUGACCAUUAUAAGAAACAAGGGGAUUAGCAUGGGUGAAAAGUGAUGUGAAAUAGAUAAGUUGGAAGAAGACUUGUGUUUAAAAGUGAAAGAUUGAAUAACUAGAAGAGGUUCAUUGACACACUUAAUGAGCAAACACUGCUCAUGAAGGAGUGUACCAUAGUACAGUACAAUACUGUAUAUACCUUAUUUCACUCAAACUGAGCAUUAUAGAUGAAUGUAGAAACGUUAUUUGUGAGGCUUUGUGUACUUGUUUCACUACAUACAGUUCAGGUUGUAUAAUAUAUGAGGUGCGUACAGCCAGAGUGGACAAAGGCUCUGGAAGUGUCAAUAUGGUCGAUUUUGCUAUUACCGGGUAAGUAAAACUACCCGGGCGUUACUACAUGUGGGCCUGGCAGUGAGUGUGGCAGAUCACUGAGAGGAAAGCGGCAGUGGUCACAUUUUUUCUGGCACUUUGUUCACUAUAGUUGUACGCACCUCAUGUCUACUGUAUAUAUAUAUAGUUUUUAUUUUUAAUAUUGUCUGCUGUGAACUGGCUGUCCCAAGUUCAAGGUGUUGGUGUUUGUCUAGGAAUGAUACUGUACAGCAGUUGUACUGUGUUGGCAGUGUGAUGCAGUGUGUUCCUGGAAAUUUUAUCCUUGUUUAGGAUUGAACAUGACAGAACAAAUAACUUGGUGUACAGUACAAUCCUGGUGGCUCACUGCAGCAACAGCCUUACUGAUUCAUCCAUCUAAGAAAUAUAUAGUUUAGGUGGGAAUCUACUGCAGUACAACAGUGCCUUUGUAUAGCCACAAAACUAUUUUCAAACUUGGGAGUAAGUUAAGAGAGAAUCUGUUUUAUGUUCAGUUAAUGUAGUUAGGAAUAGUUUACAGUACUUGUGCAUGUAAUCUAUAACAGCAAAUGAAUGGCAGGUGGAAGUCAUUAACCUAAUGUCUGUUCAUUGGCUCACUUAUUCCUCAAUAACAGUGUUGUUAACAUGGUGUAUGUUGCUGGGAGAUAUACAGUCGGCCCUCAGUAUACAUGGUGGUAAUGUUCUUGAAAAACAAUGUGCAAAGAUAAACUAUGUUAAAAAAUACUGAAAAAAAAGGUUCCAAGCUCACACGAUGACCUCCCUCAUUGAUCCAAUAAGGUUAUACACACAACAAAACAUUACUUUUCACUAUACUGUACACACAUUCGACUCAUGUCAGCCAUAAGCUCUAGCCACAGAUGAUAAACCUUCACCCUUAGCAAACUUGUCCAGCGUCACUCAUUUAUGUACCAAAGUCCUCUUUUUCUUUUCUUUUUUAAUGAUUCUUCACACAAAAUAUUUUAACACUUUCACAUGAUUUCCUCUUUCAGCUUGUGUUAAACACUUAAUGUGGGUGAUAAAUUUUGGGUAAAGGCAAAUGGACUGCACAGUGUUUACUCAACAAUGGCAGACUAAACUAACGGGCAUAAGGUAGUGUGUGUGGGCUUGGGUGAUGUGAGGUUGUGUGCAUAGGUCACAUGAUGUGCAUUUACAAUCAAUUUGUAAUAUAGUAAGAUGUAUAACAUCUUGCCUGAAAACAAUAAAUUACAAAUAGAAAUUACAUUUAUCAAAAAUAAUAAAAUGUAUAAAGUAGAAAUAACUUUUCUAGAUUUUAGUUAUUGCUUUUAAAUGUUUACAUUUAUUUAAAUAACUAAACAAAUUGGAAGAAAUUGUAUUCUUAUUACAUUUUGAAUAGUAUUAAAUAAAUUAUUUGCUAUAAAUAGUAAGUGACUUGCUGUUUGACUAAUAUCAAUAUUGAAGUACAGUACAGUACACACCAAAACUGAAAAUUUGCUGUGUUUAAUUUCAGCAACACCUGAUGCUUGAGGUUCUUAUCACUGAUCUGUGAACAAUGGCACAUACAAAUUAGUCCCACACUACUUUUAAAUAAGAAUAAGAAAUGUAAAAAGUAGCUUUUUUUUUUUUGCUAAAC